AUGUUCAACACCGCAAUCGCCGAUGCGAAAUCUGUGGCCGCGAAUCGCUUGGUAGCAUCCAUUUCGGUGCCGAAUCCUGUGAAGCUUGCUGCGCAUUCUUCCGCCGAACGGUGGUGUUGGGCAAGGCGUACGUAUGCCUGUGGGGCGAGGAUCGCCUCCCGGACCACGGAGAGCAGCACACAGUUCGAUGAAGCACCUAUUGCCUGUUAUUUUCCUGGUGUGCCUGGUUAUUUUCCCACGAGGAAGCGCGCAAGACGCUCCCACGCGCUCAGAUGGUUCAGCCUUUCUCCGACCCUGCUAUUUCACAAGUUGGGCACAGUA